AUGGCAUCCAUUGAGAACAUUGCUUGGUCUGAAUUACUGAAGCAUGACAGCGUUACAGCUCAACAUGGUAAUGACGGCAACCGAAUUGCCACGGCAACCGAGACCCUACAGGAAACAGCACAGCAAUUCGUCAAGGUGCUCAAUGAACGUGCCAAGUUGUUAGCCAACAGUGCCAGUUUGAUACAGCGAGAUGUGUACUGUCAACAGGGACGAUAUGCAUCAGCUAUUUCCAUAUACGACAAAGGCCUUCAAGCAGUACCCAAAUCGGAUCCUUACUAUCAACAGCUUCAGCAGCAUCGAAUGGCGGCAGUAACCAACAACGAUAAACGCGUUGAUUUCAUCAGCCAGUUGCCAUUGGAUAUUGUUGUCACCAAUAUUGUACCAAGAAUACAGUCAACGUUAUUCUCGCAUGAGUCGUACGCACCUCUUUAUGUAUCACGUACAUGGAGGGAACGUUUCUUGCAGCAACCCAAUGGUUUGGACUAUCAUUUUGGGAAAGAAGAGAACACAUUCAUGAGGGGCCAUGAUCAACUUGUUCGGUUUGCUCCCUAUGUUCAGAGCUUAUCAGGAACCGUGAUGGGUGAUGCUCGUUUAGAUGAACUCUUUUCUCGUGCACACUUUUCCAAUCUCAGACGAUUAGAGCUAUAUUGCAACGAUUCAAAUCCUCGUGAUCCAGUAAUAAACGGUCUGCAAAUGAUUGCUCAUUCGUUGACACACUUGGUAAUCUUUGAUGGGUGUUCUAUUCCACUGCAAGAUGUUUUCGAAUCAUGCCCCAGCCUUGUGUCUUUGUCAACAUUCGGUGAGGGCCAUGUUUUUCGUUCUUCUUCACCUUCAACACGUUAUCCUAAGAUGGCACAUCUGGCAAUCCACAAUGUAUUAGGCCCACGUUUUACCUACGAUACGAUGGUGGAUAUCCUGAAAUUGUUUCCAUCUUUAAUGUCACUCAAGAUCACACCAACCCCCGAUUCCAGCGUCUUGACGAUUCUACACGAGUAUUGCCCAUCUCUACAGAUUCUUAAUUUCAGUAACGAAGGGGCUAUCCCCGAGCGAAACGAUGUUCAUCCGAAUCGAAGUGGCAUCACAUACGCUCGACUUCAUGGCUAA